AGGCCGCGCAUGCGCCCCCCUCGUUUGCUCGCUCCCGCGGACAGGCCGCGCAUGCGCAGUCGCUCAGUCGGUGGGAGGGAGGUCGCCGUCCGCUCACUCCCCGCAGCCGCUCGUCUCGCCGCCGCCGCCGCCGCCUCCUCCUCAACAGCAGCCGAUAAAAUGGCAGUUCCACCAACUUAUGCAGAUCUUGGGAAAGCAGCCAGAGAUGUGUUCACCAAAGGCUAUGGAUUCGGUUUAAUAAAGCUGGACUUAAAAACAAAGUCAGAAAAUGGAUUGGAAUUCACAAGUGCUGGGUCUGCUAAUAUGGAUACUGCCAAAGUUGCUGGCAGCCUGGAAACAAAAUACAAGUGGGUGGAUUAUGGACUGACAUUCACAGAAAAAUGGAACACCGAUAAUGUUUUGGGAACGGAAAUUACCAUUGAAGAUCAGCUUCUGCAUGGGCUGAAGAUUGGAUUUGACUCUUCGUUUGCACCAAAUACAGGGAAGAAAAGUGGAAAAAUUAAGUCUGGUUACAAGAGGGAGCACGUCAAUUUGGGAGUCGACGUCGAUUUUGACGUUGCUGGCCCAGCUAUACGUGGAGCCGUCGUGGUUGGGUUUGAAGGAUGGCUUGCAGGUUAUCAAAUGACCUUUGAAACUACAAAAUCCAGAGUCUCCCAGAGUAACUUUGCUGUGGGAUACAAGGCAGAAGACUUCCAGCUCCAUACAAAUGUAAACGAUGGUACGGAAUUUGGUGGCUCCAUUUAUCAAAAAAUCAGUGACAAUCUGGAAACUGGUAUCAACCUCGCUUGGACAGCUGGGAAUAGCAAUACUCGAUUCGGAAUUGCAGCAAAAUACAAGAUUGAUGAUGAAGCUACAUGCUCGAUUAAAGUGAACAAUUCGAGUCUCAUUGGACUAGGAUACUCUCAAACUCUAAAGCCAGGUAUUAAAGUAAGCCUGUCAGCGCUGCUGGAUGGCAAGAAUAUUAAUGGUGGUGGUCAUAAACUUGGCCUUGGAUUUGAGUUUGAAGCAUAAACCUGGAAAUGGAACAAACCUACAAUCAGUAAAUUCCCAAAUAUUUUCCACUGUAGCUAUCUGAAGAUCCUGGUGUUUUUUUUUUCUGUUGAGCCAUGUGUCCAAGCAGUGUUGUAAAAUCAAACCGUCUUGUUUGGGGACUGUCCUCAGAAGAACAGAAUGCAUUUUCAAAACAUGUCAUUAUGACUAUUUAUUGUAACCCGUAGACAUUUGCAAUUCACCUACACAUGUCUAUUUUUCCUUCACGGUGAAGACUGGUUGUAUGUGGCGUAAAAACAAAACACUUAUUAUUGUUGGUUGAAAUUGUGGUCCCUUAUCCCUGCACCUUCUGAAAAGGUUGAUGCAACACAGCCAUAUGGAGGGAUUUGUAUGUUUACAGCUGGUAUUUGUGAUGGUUGGGCUUAAUAGAAAGUAAAAAAAAAAUACACACAAAAGAAAUUUAAUGUGCCAUCUUUUUAAAGAUUUACCUGUUGUGCUGUUCUUUGUUUAAAAUAAGUAUUGUCUUCCAAAUUCUGGAAUAUCAUUAAGGAAAAUACUUUGUUUAUCAGCCCUGAAUUUGAACACAUACCUUGUAUGCAUGCAAUUAUUGAAGGCUACCAAAAACUAUAAAAGUUAUCAUUUAAUCCAUAAGAAAUUGAAGGCCACAUAUGCAGAUGUCCGUCAUACUAAUGUACCUUGCACAUGCCUUUGGAAUACUACAUUAUUUAAAUAACGUGGGCCUAACAUUAUUGAGGUCUGCUUCUUUGGAGUCCAUUGUAAAUAUCCAUGGUUAGAGUUUUACUAUUGUCAGGUGAGUGUAUCUUCGUACUCCUUUGGAGGAAUAUGGAACAGGAAAAGAACAUUGGAAAGGAACUCAGUGGUAUUUUUUGAUGAUCGAUAGAUACCUUUAUUUCUGUGCCAGUCAGUUUCUUUUCUAGGGGCAGUCCUGAUUGUUCUGUUAGCCCUCGGUGGUGGGAAGCACUUCCAUCUGAUUACAAGGUCUAUGCAACAGAAUUUUAAACUAGUUAAGACUAACACAACUUCUACAAUGACAAAUCCAGGGCUUGUUGCCAUGUUUGGGUCGGUCUCCAGUGUUAUUUUUAAAUAUAUGUUUGCCUCAAGAUAGUUUCUAUAUAAAGAAUCAGCUGUAACAAACUGAAUUACCAAAGUGUUGUACUGGGCAAAUGUUGGCGCCUGCAUCUUUUUAGGAUAAAUAUUAUCUUUUAAAACAAAGUCACGAAGAACAUUUUCCUCAUCUGAAGUCAGCUGUUUUUAUUUGAGUUGAAAUAUUUGCAUUGUGUAACAUGUGAAGAGAAUUCAUCAAAUAUGAAAAUACAGUUUAAAAUAAAACUCAUUCACAAAUAAAAGCAAAAUGCUGGAAAUUUUCAACUGGCAACAUUUGUGGAGAGAGAAUUAGUUAACUUCUCAGGUUAAUGAAUUUCAUCAAGAUCAAUUCACAUGCAAAUAACUGUAUUGCAUGUUAUUGAAGCAGGUUAUGGAAAUGGUAUUUUUGAAAAUUAAUUUUGCCCAUCGUAAUGCAGCAUAUGUUGUCAUUUUAAUAUAUAUUGACACCACUGAUUAAUAUCCUGCUCUUCCCAAGAUGAACAGUUUUUAAUUUGCCUCUAGGUUUCAUCUAUGGCCUAAGGCCUAACCAUCUGCUUAAGUAUGCACUAACUUUUAAUUUUAUUACAUCCAAGUAGAGGAAUGUAUUACACGUGCCAAAGUGGUUUGUGAUUUGCCCAAACUAUUUUAAAACACAAAAUCUUUUUAAACCAUCAAUUAUGAUUCCAAGAGUUUUCUUUCCAAUGGACAACCAGCAUUCUGGAAUUGCCUGUUAUAAAUCAGCUUUUUUUUAAAGCAUUGUUUGCAAAAAUGAAACUUAAAAUUAUUAUAAAAUGCUUUAUUUGGAAACCAUCUGAACUAAUGCAUUGUUUCAAUUGUAAUAUAUAAUUUGGAGACCUUGAAAGUUUUUUGGUUUUUUUCUUCCAUUGGUUAAAAAUUACCUUUGUCAAGAGUCAAGAGAGUUUCUUGUCAUGUGUCCCAGAUUGGACAAUGAAAUUCUUGCAACUUUUCAAGCAGUAAUUUUUCAAGCUCUGGUGUGCAACCAAGUGGUAAAUGAAAUGUCAUCUUAGUUGUAUCUAUUUUUUGGGCACUUGGAGGUGCUUCAGUACAAAUUACGUGCCAUGAAACAUUAUUUUCUGGUGAGUGGAGACAGUUCCAGUCGGGUGUUUGUUAAUUUAAACAGUUGUUAAUCAUUAAACUCUAUUAUAGUUCCUGUUUUAUGUGGAUUAAUUGAUUAUUGCAGUUUCGGGAUCUACAGUGCAAGAUCACUCAUCUCCUGCCCACUUAAAAAACGAAAUAAUUUUAAAUAAUGUUUAUAUGCAACGUUAUGCAGUUGUAGAAAAUCCAAUAUACGAUAGGAAAUGCUUAAAUACUCUUCAGGUACCAUCAUUAACAAGAGAGACUUGGUGGCUAACAUUUGAGUCACAACCCUGCAUAAGAACCCAUUAAAAUGCUGACUGAUUGUUACGUGUUUUCCCUUUGUUUUUGUUACAAACUUUAAUGUGACCCGAAAGUUGUUGAAAAUAAUGUGGGCAUAAAUGUAGUAUUUCAAAACGGGAAUUGAUGUCACU